AUUGUGACAUGCAGUACAGAAUAAUAGUGGGGACAAAGAGAGUGCACGUGUGGGGAGUCAAAGGUGAAGAAGUCAACAUACGCGUAAAAUGAAAUGAAAAAUGAAUAAAACUUAAAAAGUAUAUAAUAAUAUGUGUGUGUGUGUUUUUUUUUUUUUUUUUGAAAAUAAUAAUAUAAUAAUAUGAAGAAUAACAAAAAUGUUCCCCCACGCUUUUGACAAGCCCUUUUAAUCGGUAACAAAGAUCCAAUCAGAGGGGACAAACAGCCGCUACCAGCCUGGCCCCAACCCCAUUCUUUUUUACCUUCCACCUUCACCUUCUAAAACUCUCUCUCUCUCUCCCCAUCUCUUUCUCACUUUUCAGACCCAACUCCAUUUUGUAUUUUGUAUUUUUUUUUUUAAUUUUAUUUCAACCCUCUCCCUCCUCCAUUCCAUUCGUGCAUUUUUUUUUUUUUUCCCUCUUUCCUACACUCAGCUUUAUGAGAGCGUGGCUAUAAUAGCUAUAACAUUACCAAAUUUUUAUUAUAUACUUUUCUUUUUUUUCCCUUACCUUACCUUACAAAGCAUGUAAUUAACAUAAUAACAAUUGUACACUUUCUCUCAUUCUCUCUCUCUUUCUCGUGUGCGUAUAUAUAAGAGAAGCACCGCGUCGACCCUGAUCAUAUUAUUCAUAGCUCCCAACUAAGUUGAAAGUCAUAAAAAAAAAAAAAAAGCCUCUCCUUAUAACCAUAUAGACAUAUAUUGUGACUCGGAAAGGCAAAGGCAAGAAUAUGGUAGUAGCUUCUCCUUCGCCGCUAAGGACCAAGAAAACAAAGGCAGUAGGGAUUCCGACAAUUGAUCUUUCAAGCAGCUGUAGGUCCAAGUUGUCGGAGUCAAUCGUCAAAGCGUGUGAGGAAUAUGGAUUCUUCAAGGUGGUCAACCAUGGAGUGCCAAAGCAAGUCCUUGCGAGAUUGGAAGACCAAGGGGCCGGUUUCUUCGCCAAAUCCGCCGCCGAGAAGCAACGUGCGGGUCCGGCUACUCCGUUUGGUUAUGGCUCCAAAAACAUUGGUCGCAAUGGUGACACCGGCGAGCUCGAGUAUCUUCUCCUUCAUACUAAUCCUCACACCAUUUCUGAGAGAUCUAAAGCUAUAUCCAAUGACCCUUCCAAAUUCAGCUGUGCAGUGAAUGAUUACAUAGAAGCCGUUAGGGAUUUAGCAUGUGCGAUUCUUGAUUUAGUGGCGGAGGGUCUAUGGAUCUCCGACAAGUACAUCUUCAGCAGCUUCAUCAGGGACGCUCAUAGUGACUCACUUCUCAGGCUCAAUCACUAUCCACCUAUCAAGGACACCAAGGACUGCGACCCAUCACUCCAACUCCAUCAGUUUCGCAGCAAUCCGAUUGGAUUUGGAGAGCAUUCUGACCCUCAGAUCUUGACCAUCUUGCGAGCCAAUGACGUGGGUGGCCUUCAGAUCUCUUUGCAUGAUAAUGGCUUGUGGGUCCCCGUCCCCCCGGACCCCAAUGAAUUCUUCGUGAUUGUUGGUGAUGCUUUUCAGGCUUUGACGAACGGGAGGUUUAAGAGUGCGAGACAUAGAGCAUUAGCAAACUCAUCAGUGAAGCCAAGAAUGUCAACGGUAUACUUUGGGGCACCGCCUUUGAAUGCAUGGAUCUCUCCCAUCCCAGAGAUGGUGUCACCCCAGAAUCCCAGUCUCUACAAGCCCUUCACUUGGGGAGAGUACAAGAAGGCCGCCUACUCUCUCCGACUAGGCGAUUCUCGUCUUGAUCUCUUCAAGAUUCAUAAUGCCGAUCAUAAACCUUUGUCUCCAUGACUAUAUCUAGUCCAUAUAUAUAUUUACACGCAUAUAUAUGCAACGUCCAUCUAGAAAUUAAUCAAUCUUGCUUACAGGCACAGAGGACAAAAGCAAAGUUUACGGCAUUAAUUGUACAUAGGCCACAAAGCGAUCCAAGUUGAAGGGUCGUCGAUUGCCUUUCAAUUUGAAUGCACGUGGGGGAGUUUUUUAAUUUGCUUCGUACACUUCCUCAUUUCGCUUUCUUAGGUUCAUUAAUUGGUUGGAUUAUUUGAGUGAAAUUCGGAAGGCUUGUUUAGCUUAAUUACAAGCUGAUUGAUAUCAAUAUUUAUAUAAUUAUGAAACAAGAGAUUAUCUGAUCAUGAUCUCUACUUGUUGAAAAAUUUCAAUGUAAAAUUAAUUUUAGUAUAUAAUAUUUAUUGUUUGCGCCGGUUAGAAUUUCUUAAUUUGGUU